AUGACUACUCCCCAGCCUUCGUCGGCCGUCCCAUGGCCGUGUCGCCUCCCCUACCCUCCCCCGCCGUGGCAGGUGACGCUUCCGUAUCCGGUCCUUGUGGCGGGAGGGCUGGACACGUGCCUCUUUGUGUGGAACGCGGUCACGGGCGCAUGCGUGGCGACUCUGAAGCUCGCGGAUGAGCAGGUGAACGCCCUCGCGGCGUCGCAGCUUGUCCCUUCCGCCCCGUCCCCCUCCCGCAGCUGCGAGUCCGAGGCCGACCUGGGCGCGUCUUCCACCAGCAGCGCGUCGGACCAAGCGCGUCAUGCGGCUCCGCUGCUUGCGGCGGAUCCUGACUCGCGCUGGCCCGCGCAGAACGACCCCGUUCUCGUCGCAGCUGCUGGCAACCCCUCCAUCACUGUUUUUGACAUCGGCACGCUGGCCGAACGCUCCGACGACGUCCCCCCGUGCGCCAGACUUCAAGGACAUGAAGGAAACGUGAGGGGCGUCAUAUUCUUGCCCGAGCCUUCACAGCGCGCGCCUUAUCAGGAUCCUAGCAACGGCUAUGUCUCUGCGUCAGGGACAAGCGAGGGGGAGGCCGGCGCCACGGGCGCGUCCUCGAUUCUGUGCUCCUGCGGCGACGACGCCACGUGCCGCAUUUGGGACUUGCGCGCGCCACGGCAUCAGAUGCUUCUUCAGAACGAGCCAGGCGUCGCUGUGAACGCCGUCCUGGGUGUCUCUCUAUCUGCCGUCCCCCACCAAGUCGUUACGGCCGACGCGAAUGGCACCCUGAGGGCGUGGGACCUGAGAAGCGACACCUCCUGGGAGCUCGCGCGGCCAGCUCGGCCGCAGGGGAUAACCAUCGCUGCGGCCAACGCGCUUGAUUCCGAGAUUGCCGCCAUCACCAAGUACGGCUCCUUGACUACCUUUUCUCUGACGUCGUCUCUGUCACAAACAGUGGACCUGAGCUUUCGUUCUCAGUUCUUUCCCCACGGCCCGAACUACGUGCUGAGCUGUCACUACAGCCCAGGCCUGCAUCCAGUGCCGCCGCGCGUCGAGUCCGCGCCGCUCUCGGCAGGCACGGCCCGCAUGCGGCGCGAGGCGCAGGAGGAGCUGGGUGCGAAGCGGAAACAGGAGCAGUAUGCGCAUGCGUGGUGGCAGCAGCAAAAGUAUGCACACGAAUGGUGGCGGAAGCGCGGCGGGGGCGUGUGGUGGCAGCACCUGGUGGACGAACGCAACGAGGCGCUGUGGGGAGAAAAGGAUCGCGAGUCGGCGUGGGCGGACCAGGUGCGCUGGGGCGGCGAGUGGUGGCAAGAAUUCCGUGGCGCGAAGCCCUGGUGGCAACAGGAGGCUGGUGGUCGCGCGUGGUGGCAGCAGCGCGGCAGCAAGUCCUGGUGGCAGCGUCCCCACCUCGAGCACGCAGGCGACUGGCGGCAGCAGCGGUUCCAGACUGGAGGGUGGUAUGUCUGGGGAGUCUCCGCGGACGGGCGCGGCCGCGUAGAGACGCUGGUCGGCGGCGAAGAGCCGCCCCCUCCCGCUAACCAGGGCGACAAAUGCACACAUCUAGGUGAGAUGGACGAGCGGAGGGACGGAGAUGACGCCGGACGUCGCCGCUGCCGCUCCAGCGACUCGCGGCACUCGCCGCUUGACGAGAAUCGCUCCACGUGGGAAGACGAGCUCAGCCACUUCGCGAAGCAAGAAGGCUCCACAGAGGAGGACCGCACGCCGGCAUCCUCCGGAGAACGCAGACAGACGAGCCCGUCCCCCAGAGACGCACCGGAGGGUGACUUAGAGGAGAACGAACCAGAGGGCCAGUGGGUGCAGCGAAUGGCGACAACAGGGGCCGAUGGCAUCUGCAUCAUUUGGAGACGGGAGGGCGCCGGCGAGUGGACGAGCGAACGCGAACUUAUCGGGCACGAACGGUGGGUGUGGGACUGCACAUUCAGCCGCGACGGCAAAAUGCUCGUCACUGCAAGUUCAGACGCGUCGUGCAAGCUCUGGUCGGUGGAAACAGGGAAGGAGUGCCUUGAGUAUGUGCCAGAAAAAGGUGUGGGCGCUGCAGGUGCGAAGCUCCGAAGCACCAAGGCCAUUCUUGCGGUGUCGCUACUCGACGCACCUGCAGAGAAUUUUGCGUAA